AUGCUGCUGCAGGUGGUGGCAGUUUAUUUCUGUCUUCGUUUGACGCUGGCUUCACGCGAAGAAGCAAAGAGUCUAUAUCAAUCGCCGCAGGCCCCAGAGGAAGCAAUCUUUGCAGAGUCAUUUGAUUCAGGCCCACUAGACAGGAAGUGGGUCCUGUCCAAGGCCUUAAAAGAGGAAGAAGAGGAUGUGCUGAAGUAUGAUGGGGAGUGGGCCUUGGAAGAGCCUGCUGCAAACCCAGACAUGCGUGGAAACAGAGGCCUGGUUCUGAAGUCACCAGGCAGACACCACGCUAUUUCUGCUUACCUUCACGCUCCCUAUUACUUCAACAGAGACAAGCCCCUUAUUCUGCAGUAUGAGGUCUUGUUCCAGAAUACGGUUGACUGUGGAGGGGCCUACAUUAAACUGCUCUCUCACUCCAGUCAGCUUCGUCUGAGCCACUUCAACAAUGCCACUCCCUACUCCAUCAUGUUCGGCCCUGACAAAUGUGGGAGCAGCUACAAGCUCCAUCUAAUUGUUUGUGAUGGUGAUCCACUGACUGGGCUGCAUCAGGAAAGACAUGUCCGGCAACCAGACACUGACCUGAAGGAAUAUUUCUCUGACCAACAGCCUCAUCUGUAUACACUACGAUUGUACCCUGACCACAGCUACAAAAUUCUUAUCGACCAAUCAGUGAUUAGUAAAGGCAGCCUUCUGGAGGCCAUGGAUCCUCCUCUCGGUCCUCCAGGAGAGAUUUCUGACCCCAGUGAUAAGAAACCUGAAGAAUGGGAUGACCGACCCCUUAUCCCAGACCCUACGGCAACCAAACCCCAUGACUGGGACGAAAACGCCCCUGCCCUCAUUCCCGACCCCUUAGCGCAGAAACCCAUCGGCUGGCUGGUGGAGGAGCUUCCCUUUAUCCCUCACCCUCGGGCGAAGCGUCCAGAUGACUGGGAUGAGGACAUGGAUGGGAAAUGGGAGGCCCCUCUGAUUUCUAACCCAGCAUGCUCACAGGUUAUUGGCUGUGGGCCAUGGAGUCCACCCUUGAUCUCUAAUCCCUCCCACAAGGGGAAGUGGAGGCCUCCGAUGAUUAAGAACCCCAACUAUCAGGGACAGUGGCAUCCUCGCACUAUCCCAAAUCCUGCAUCUUCUGAUGCCGCCCCCCCAUUCUACAUAAGCCCGGCGGCUGCAGUGGGACUGGAGCUGUGGUCUGUGACGGGGGGUGUGCUUUUCGACAACAUCCUGCUGUGUGAUGACUCGGAGGUGGCCCGCCGCUGGACUGAGGACACCUGGGGACAGAGAAAGACUCCAGGAUUGGUACUACGGCUUCUGGUGGCUGCACAGAAGCGUCCCUGGUUAUGGGGGGUGUACAUCUUCAGUGUGGGUCUGCCCAUCAUCCUCUUCAUCAGCUUCAUGUGGCCAGACAAGCGAUUUGGACCACCUGACAUGGACUAUUACUACAAGAAGUCAGACGAGCCGCAGGCAGAUGGCCCUCAGGACUCAGAUGGACCCACCAAUCCAAUAACUCAUGGAGAUAGAGACCUUACAGGUCCCAGGAGGAGGGACAAUAAGAAGGCCCAGAAGAAGUCAGACCUGGAGCUCAAGUGUAACUGGUAA